CUAUUAUUAUCCCAAUUUUACAGAUGGGAAACCGAGGCACAGAUGUUCGCCAACCUGUAAGUGGCAGAGCUGAGAGCUGAACUCUGGCUAUCUGGCUCUAAAGUCCACGCCCUUAACCACUACACUGCCUUCCAACAACGAAUGCUCCGACUGAAAUCUAAAGAGACAGAGCAAUUUCUGUCACGGGAAGGACAUGGUGGAGCUAGGACUAGAACCCAGGUCUGCUGUCUAAGGAAUGCUUCUCCCAGCCUACCAUAGGUAUCUGGCUGCUGAUACAGAGCCCCUGGGAACGGCAGUACGAGGAGGGAUCUGAGAAGUCUAGAUAUCAGUGCAGAAAAAGGCCUUAGUCAACUAGGUGGCUCUCAGCAGAAGACAGGGAGAGCCAAAGAGCAGCCACUAGGGCAGAAACAAGUGUGGUUGGCAGGUGCCAUUUCUUAAGCAAGGAAAGGUAGCAGGUUGCUUUUCAGAGGUCCUGUCUGAGGCCUAAGCCAUUCUCUUUUCCUACAUUAAUUUAUCAGGGACCCCCUCCUCCACAUACACACACAGCUAAAACCAACCCAAGGCCAUUUCUGCCUCAUUGCAAUUGAACAUGUGAAAAAGGGAUACAUAUUAAGGAGAUUAGGUAGAUGAUCUGAAACCUUGUGUGUGUAGGAAGUUGGGGUGGGGCAGAGAAUGGAGAAGACUGGAAGAAAGGUUAGGUCAAGCCUAAAACCUCCAGCAGCUAAACUGACUCAAUGAUAAGCAGUUAGAACAAAGCACCUGCAAUCAGCUCAGCUUUAGAGGUGUUGGCCUUCUGUUUGGGCUACUUGCCACAACAGAACAGCACCAUAGCCAUGGCCUUUCUCUCCCGACUGGAUCUUCAAGAGACCCUCCGAACCCUCUCUGUUUUACAGUGGAUCCCAGUCUAUGUGUUUUUAGGAGCUAUUCCUAUUCUCCUUAUACCCUACUUUCUGGUGUUCACUAAGUUCUGGACCUUGUCUGUGCUCGCCUUAGCCUGGCUUGCCUAUGAUUGGAACACCCACAGUCAAGGUGGUAGGCGUUCAGCUUGGGUACGAAACUGGACCCUCUGGAAGUAUUUCGGAAAUUAUUUCCCAAUAAAGCUGGUGAAGACUCAGGACCUCUCUCCCAAACACAACUAUAUCAUUGCCAGCCACCCCCAUGGCAUUGUUUCUUAUGGUGUCUUCAUCAACUUUGCUACUGAGGCCACUGGCUUUGCUCGGAUUUUCCCAGGCAUCACUCCUUCUGUAGGGACCUUGGAAGGGAUCUUCUGGAUCCCAAUUGUGCGAGAAUAUGUGAUGUCAAUGGGUGUGUGCCCAGUGAGUGAGUCAGCCUUGAAGUAUUUGCUGACCCAGAAAGGCUCAGGCAACGCCGUGGUUGUUGUGGUGGGUGGAGCUGCUGAAGCCCUCUUGUGCCAGCCAGGAGUCUCCACCCUUGUCCUUAAACAGCGUAAAGGUUUUGUGAAGUUGGCGCUGACGACAGGAGCAUACCUUGUCCCUUCCUAUUCCUUUGGAGAGAAUGAGGUUUACAAUCAAGAGACCUUCCCUGAGGGCACGUGGAUAAGGUUCUUCCAAAAAACCUUCCAGGACACGUGUAAAAAAAUCCUGGGACUAAAUUUCUGUACUUUCCAUGGCCGGGGCCUCACUCGAGGAUCCUGGGGUUUCCUGCCUUUCAAUCGGCCCAUUACCACUGUUGUUGGGGAGCCCCUGCCAAUCCCCAGGAUUAAGAAGCCAAACAAGAAGACAGUGGACAAGUACCACGCACUCUACAUCAGUGCCCUGCGCAAGCUGUUUGAGCAGCACAAAGUUCACUAUGGCCUCCCUGAGACCCAGGAACUGACAAUCAUAUAACAUGAGCUAGAUUCCCCCAUUACUAAACCCCCAAAGCACUGAGGGAUCCAAAUAGGGCCACAUGGGUGGAAGAAUUUGGGGAGAGGAGAAGAUCUCAGGGAUGAGAGAGAAGGCCAACCAAGCCAAAAAGUACUUAACAAAUCAGGUUUAGGGGAAGGAACCAGAGGGACGAGAAGAUUGGGCAACAACUCAGUUCGGCAAGCAGAAUCUUGUGAGUCCACAGAUAUUUUUUGCCUCCUGAUCCCAGUCAACUCUCUGAUCAGAGGAAUGAGAAGCCAAAGAACACCGUGCCCCAUCCUCCCAAGCCUUAGUGACACUCUCACUAUUUAGGUUUAGGCUUGCAAGACUUCUUGCGAACAGGGAUGGUUUAUUUCCUUCUGGGCCCUUUCCUUACAAUUUGGGCACCACCACACGAUAAAGCAGGCACCCGAACUGUGGUUUUCUGAUCCAAGCAGACAGGAUUCCCUCAGUUGUAACACAGCUGUACACUGGCAAAAACUUUUGCACACAGUCAUGCUGUUUCUUAUGUAAAAAUAAAGCUCCAGAUGUAUAAAACAAAA